GAGAAGAAAAAAAAGUUGUCUCGUUAAAGACCUUGUUAUAAAGUCAUUGAGUAACGUUAGAUAGCGGCUAGCAGGAUAAAGGAGCCUCACCUUGGUUUUUGUUUUUGAAGUAUGGCUUCUACUUCGUCUCUUUCACUCUUCCUCAUUCCUUCUUCUUCUUCUUCUUCUUCCAUUCCUCCGCUAUGCUUUUCCCUAACCACUACCAAAUGCAAACAACGUUUCGCAUUUCCUUCUCUUAAUACAAAGCUCACAACUUUACCCUUUUCGUCCACUAAACGCUCCAUUACUAGAGCCUCCGACUCCGAGUACAAAUUCCCUGACCCAAUUCCUGAAUUCGCAGAUUCCGAGACGGAAAAAUUCCAAAGCCACCUUCUUAAUAAGCUUUCGGAGAAAGAUAUCUUUGAAGAAUCAGUUGAACAAGUUGUUGGAGUUUGCACAGAGAUUUUCAGAACCUUCUUGCAUUCCGAGUAUGGAGGUCCAGGUACACUCUUGGUUGAUCCUUUCAUUGACAUGGCUGAUAUGGUAACCGAACGGGGAUUGCCUGGAGGACCGCAAGCAGCGCGUAGUGCUCUCAACUGGGCCCAUGCUAAUGUCGACAAAGACUGGAAUGAAUGGACAGGUGGUAAUAUGUCGUAGAGCACUUAGUUAGUUCUCUAGCAGUUGUGGUGCACUGGUGCUUAUGUUGGUGCUAAGUUUAGAAUUAUUGUAGGGUGAAAGUAGUUGUAGAAGAGUUAAUUAUUUGCUUAUUCUGAGAACAUAGAGCUUGAAGGUUUUGCCAUUUAUUUUUAUCUGUGUUUUACAUUCAAAAUCUAUUUUCAAACCAAGGAUGUGAUGUUUCAAGCUUUUAUAAACACAUUUAUGCAUACUUUUUAGGACA